GGAAAAUAAAAUAAUCAAAAAUGGGCGAUCACCCACCGCCCUAUCCUGGAAACCAAAACCAAACUAACCUGCCUUACCCUCCGGCAGCAGUUUAUGUUCCGCCGCAGCAGCCUGGGUAUCAGCCCCAACCUACUACCGGAUAUCCACCACAACAGCAGGGAUAUCCACAACCAAUGUAUCCGCCGCAGCAAGGAUAUCCGCCUCAGCAAGGAUAUUCGGCACAGGAUACUCCGUUUCCGCCAAUGCACCAGAAUGAAGCUAGUGGAAUACUGAAGGAGACGAACUACGACUAUGUAGGGUCGGAUGAACCUGUGGACGGGAUGGGGUUCGAUGACAAGGCAAUCCGUAGAGGAUUCAUUAGGAAGGUGUACGGGAUACUUACAUCUCAGCUUGUUCUCACGGGAGCUCUCAUUGCACUCUUCAUGUUCUGUCAUCCUGUCAAGAUGUAUGUGCAGAGGAACAUGUGGGUGUACCUGACAAGUAUGGGCGUGAUGUUGGUCUGCCUGAUCGCCAUGGCCUGCUGCGAGUCUGUCAGGAGGAAGGCCCCAACCAACUUCAUCUUCCUCUUCAUCUUCACAGUUUGUGAAGGAAUUAUGCUUGGCACAGUUUCUACAUUCUACGACGUUGAUGCUGUCAUCAUAGCCGUUGGAAUCACUUGCGGUGUCGUCUUUGCUCUGACAGUCUUCGCUUUCCAAACCAAAUACGAUUUCACCACGUGUGGAGGAGCUCUGUGUGCUGUUCUUGUAAUCUUCAUCAUUGCAGGAAUCAUCAUGUCCUUCCUUCCUCAAACUAAGUGGACAAUGAUCGGAUAUGGAUCUGCUGGAGCUCUGAUCUUCUCUUUGUAUAUCGUCUACGAUACUCAGCUCAUGAUGGGAGGAAAACACAAGUACGCGAUAUCGCCGGAGGAGUACGUGUUCGCCAGCUUGAACCUGUACUCGGACAUCAUCACUCUAUUCAUCUACAUUCUUCAGAUUUUGGGAUCAGCUGAAGGUGAAUAGAUGCCUCUUGGACUAUUUUAAAACUUUUAUGAGCCAAUUGAUGCUUCUUAAAGCUUUGGAGAACGAUUAGAUGCUCUUCUCGGGGAAGCUGCUUUGAGCGAAAAUGAUGCUAUUUCAUGAUACUCAAUCUGACGAACCCGAAACAAAAUUUUUGACAAUAUAUAUUGUAGCCAAAAAUAAAAAGAGAGAAUAUAUAUCUAAAAUAUUUUCAAAAUUUUAAAUCUUAACUAUCAUUGAUGUCUUGUGUUGUCAUAAAAAAUAUUUGUCAAAUUCAAGGAGCCGUGAUCUAAUUUAAAAAAAAUAGAAUUUCGAGACAAGAAUUGUAAUUAUUCCUGUGAUUAUUUUAAAUUACAAUAAGGUCAAUUUUUCCAUUCUUAUAUUUUUCCCGCUAAAUUAUUGAAAGUCUAGUCUAAAAAUUGAGAUAUUAUAAUUCUGUUAUCUAUAUAAUUUAGUGUGAUACGAUUAGUUUAAAAGAUUAUUAUAAAAUGUAUUUGGGAGACGAUGAACAAUAGUUAAGUUGAUUUCAUUUUUUUAACUAUUUUUUAAAACGAAAACUGUGUGUAUCAAUGUUUUGAUUCAAUUCCAUGACUUGUAAUGUGUUAGUUUUAACUAAAAAGUACAGGAUAAAAAUAACAUUUUUAAGAUUAAAUUAUUUUCAAUUAUUUAGUUUGUUAAAAUACAUGUUUUAGAAUGUGUACUGUAGUUCACUGUACAGUGUACUAUGAAGAUAUUUGUGUUAAAACUUCGCUUGAACUAGAUAUAACUUUUUCACAUAUUUAUAUUUUCCUUGAUAUACUUGUACAGUGUACAACGUACAUUGUACUUUGUACAUGGGGUACAAAUAAACAAAAAUAUAAGAAUGGUUAAUGUUACAUAUCUUUUGCGGCAUUAAUGUUUAUUUUAACCCCUUGCACAUGUUUAAAUCUUACUGUACAUUUAUAUUUAUCUAAUCAUAUAUAUUGUGUUUUCUGUACAAGACCACGUGGUUUCAGA